CUUUACUCUCCUCUCCUCACCCUACUUCAAUCCAAACCCAACAGGGCCUCAAGUGGACCAAAAUGGGAAAGGACUUCAAGCUCGCUCUCACCCUCCAUGGUCACUCGGCCGAUGUCCGAUACCUAAACGUUCCGGACCCUACCAUCCCCCUCCUCCUCUCGUCAUCGCGCGAUGGCUCCGCCAUUGUCUGGGGGCCUUCCAACGAUGACCCGAAGCAGUGGGACGCAAAGCUUCGCGUAGAGGAGCUGGAGCGCAACUACGUGAGCUGUGUUACGCUCGUUCGUUAUGAGGGACAGGCCUACCUUCUUAUCGGCUCCUCCACCGGCCUGCUGUCGUCUUACAUCCUACCUUCGCUUGAUUCGGCCCCUCCUGCCUUUGACGCGCCUACUCUCCAGCCGCAUCACACCCUCAUCGAGCACCGCCAGAACCUCUGCUCAAUCGACUCGAGCAAGGGCGGCCUCAUCGCGACCGGCAGCUGGGACAAGACUGUGAUCGUUUGGAAGGAUUUCAAGAAGGCUAUUCAGAUUGAGACCCAUACCCAGGCUGUCUGGGCGGUCAAGUUUGUUGGAGAGGACCGUCUUCUGACCGCAUCGGCGGAUAAGACCAUCACUCUGCACGCCAUUGACGUGGUGAAUGGGAAGUCGCACCCUCUUCAAACCUACACUGGACAUAGCCAGCCUGUGCGCGGCCUCAGCCUUCGUCCGGACGGCACUGGGUUCUGGAGUUGCGCCAACGACAGCCUUGUGAAUGUCUACUCGUUCGACAAGCCCGCACCCGUUCAUUCGCUGUCUGGCCACACGUCCUUCGUCUACUCCGUCUCUGCGUUCCCCGAUGGUUCCGGAGCUGUCAGCGCGGGCGAGGAUGGCGCUCUGCGUGUGUGGUCCGAGACUGAGCUCGUUCAGACCAUCAACCACCCCACCAUGUCGCUGUGGUCUUCAGCCGUGGUUCCUGCCCGUAACGGCUCGGAGUACUAUGUCGCCUCUGCUGCUGCCGAUACUACGAUCCGAUUCUUUACGCGGUCAGAGGACCUGGAGGCGUCCUUGACAGAACAGGAAGUCUGGAACAACGAGGUUGCGCAGCGCAAGCUUGACAAGAGCCAGGUUGGCGACGUGAAGCACUCUGAUUUGCCCGGAAUGGAGGCUUUGGCUCGUCCAGGGAAGAGCGACGGUCAGGUCAUCAUGAUUAAGAAUAACGACCAGGUUGAGGCGUACCAGUGGUCUCAAUCCGAGACUACCUGGCAGCAGGUGGGACAGGUGGUUGAUGCCAUUGGUUCGGGCCGCAAGCAGCUCUAUGACGGCAAGGAAUGGGACUACGUCUUUGACGUCCACAUUGCUGAGGGUGUCCCACCCCUCAAGCUGCCAUACAAAGUCUCUGAGAACCCGUUCAUUGCCGCUCAACGCUUCCUCGAAAAGAAUGAGCUGUCAUCAGGUUACAUUGACCAGGUCGUUGAUUUCAUUCACAAGAACACGGGUGGUGUUCAACUUGGCACUGGUGGUGGCGGAGACACCUUUGUGGACCCCUUCACCGGCGCUUCGCGAUACACUGGCGGCGGUGUUUCCACUGGCAGCACUGGGGGAUCGGACCCAUUCACUGGCGGCUCUCGCUACACUGGUGGUGGAGUCUCGACUGGUUCUGCACCUGCGGCCUACUAUGGCGGGGCGGACCCUCUUACUGGUGGCUCAUCCUACACUUCUACCCCCGCUCCCAUUACCAAAAUCCUCCCCAUCCAGAGCUUCCUGUCGUUCAAGAAGAUCAACGCAGCGGCCGCGAAGGGCAAGGUGGACCAGUUCAACACUGAGAUCAAGGCAUCGAACGUGAGCAGUUUAGAAGGCACGCGGAGGUGGUUUGCUGAUAACGUCAAGCCCAAUCUCGCCAUCGACGACGCUAGGCUGGCUAGCCUGAACGAGGCCAUUUUCAUCGUCUCCUCUGACAAGGUGGCAUCGUCAGAAAGCUACGACCCCAAGCUCCUUCUUUCUCUUGCGGUGUCCUGGGAUGCCGCUCACCGCUUCCCCUUGGUAGACAUUCUCAGGGUGCUCGCACUGCAGUCUCCAGCCUUUGGUGCUGUUGACUCUGCGCCAGCAGAUCUUUUGAAGGCUGGCGGUUGGGGCGAGGCCUGGGCGGGCUCCAAGCCCCAGGUGACCAACCAGCUCCUUGCCCUCCGUGCCAUUGCCAACCUGUACAACACCGAAACCGGCAGAUCUACAGUGGCCAACGCGAGCGACCAUGGCCUUCUCAAGGAGCUGAUCAAGGGCAGGACCUGGGAGCAAAUUGGCACAGCUAAGCAGCCCUUUGCAACUGUGGUGCUGAACCAUUCGGUUCUUGCUGUCAAUGGCAAGCUGCCGUCAUCUCAGGCCGCUGCUCUCCUCUCGUUGAUCGUCCAUGUGCUGUCAAACGAGGUCGCUGACAGCGAGACAAUCUACCGCGCGGCUGUCGCUCUCGGCAACCUGCUUUCGUCGCCAAUCAGCGGUAGCCUUGCAGUCGGAGAGGUUCAGCGGGGCAAGGACCUGGUAUCGUCCCGUGGGGCCAAGCUGGGCGAGAAGCGCCUCACCGACCUGGCGACCGAGAUCGGAUCGCUCGGCGCUUAGAAGAAGACACAAGACUAACGUGAAGUACAUGCAUUGGCAUUGAGAGGUACACAUGGUAUAAGAUCAUGAGGGUCCAACCCGUUGAACCGGGCUGUAUCUAUAAAAAUGGGCCAUUAUGCGAUAGGCCCUAGGCCUUGACACCAGCGGCGACCGCGGCGUGGGCAGAGCGCUCCAUGCCGGUGGUGUUGGUCUUGCCAGCGGUGAGCGAGUCGAGGGGGUUGAAUUGGUCGGUCGAGUUCUCGUACUCCCACAUGUCGAUGGCGACCUGGCAACUCUCACGAACGACCUGGGGGGCCUCUGGCCGGACAGCCCAGUCGCGGAGAAUAGCGAGAACACCGCCCUCGGGGAGAGGGUCGUCGCGGGGGUCAAUGUCGGUGUCGGCACCAUCUGAGGCGAUACCGCCGAGGGCCUCGGCGGCCUCGUGGCGGACCAUCUCCUCCUCCUUGUCGUCACGCAGGACACGGAGAAGCGAAGGGAUCGAGUGAGGAGACGAGAGCUGGCCGAAGAUGUACGCGACCUCGUGGCGGAAGAGGGCAGACUCGUCGCCAAAGCCCUCAGCGAGGGCACGGACGGCGUCACGCUCCGCUCCUCCAUAGUCACGGAGGGCGAACAUGGCGCGGUAGCGCUCAAAGAGGGGGAGCUUGGUGUUGAGGAGGUUGGCGCGGAGGUCGGCCACGGGCUCCUUGGACGAGGACGGGGCAGGGUCGAUGGUGGGGAAGUUGGGGCUGGGCUGGCGGGCCUUGCCCUCGUCCGAGUGGUCAAACUUGAUCUUGUCGACGGCGAUCUCGCACGUCUCGCGCACCUCGCGCGCCGGGUCGUCGAGGUAGCGCUCGAGCGUGGGGAGCGAGUUGAUGUCCGAGAUGGCGCCGAGGGCCUCGGCGGCCUCGUGGCGCACCAUGGCGCAGUGGGCUCCGUUGUCGUUGAUCAGCACCUCCUCGAGGAUGGGGACGGCCGUGAGCGACUUGAGCUGGCCGAGGACGUAGGCGAGCUCGUGCUUGAGGAGCGCCGAGUCGUCCUUGAGGCCUGGGCGAGGGCAAUGAUGGCAAUGACCUCGUCGCCGCCGACAGCCUUGAGCAUGAAGAGGGCGCGGAAGCGCUCGUGGAGGGGCGUGCUGCCGCUCGUGUUGAGGAGGGUGGCGCGGAGGGCCGCGAGCUGCUCGGGGGUGACGGUGACGCCGGCCAUUGUGUCGUGUCUUUGUCUUUUGGGUGG